UUAUCACAGUCGCACUUCGAACAGCUCCUGCAACAAACCAAAAAGUUAAUACAAAAUUAAACCACCUUCACCCACGAAAUACUCCCCUCGAGAUACCUCUUUCGCCACGGGCCAUUGAGAAUCUCAUUACUCGCUCAAGAUGACUCGCACCUCCGUCCUCAACGAUGCCCUCAAGAGCAUCAACAACGCAGAGAAGGCCGGCAAGCGCCAGGUCCUGAUCCGACCAAGCUCCAAGGUCAUUGUCAAGUUCCUCCAGGUCAUGCAGAAGCACGGCUACAUUGGCGAAUUCGAGGAGGUCGACGACCACCGUAACGGCAAGAUCGUUAUUCAGCUUAAUGGUCGCCUGAACAAGUGCGGUGUCAUCUCCCCCCGCUACAACGUCCAGCUGAAGGACUUGGAGAAGUGGGUCACCAACCUUCUGCCCUCACGUCAGUUCGGCCACGUUGUGCUUACCACAUCGGCUGGCAUUAUGGACCAUGAGGAGGCCAGGAGAAAGCACGUCUCCGGCAAGAUUCUGGGUUUCUUCUAUUAGAAUUUCCAAAGAGCACUGCUUUGACGGAAGAACAAAAGUUGGCAUCUAAAAUGGCGUAAGAAUUCUUCCUCGCAUGCAAAUGGCAUGAUUGGGAUUCGGCAGAUACCCAUACCUAAGUCUAUAUGAGGAAUGAGAAAUCUGAAAUUCAUCAACGUGCCACAUUUCUGAACUGCACUAUUAAAAAUAUCCUACAACCGAAAUCCUUCCUUCUAGUCUCUGCGUCUGGCAAAGUUUACGCCGACCUCCACCAUAACUUUUAAUAUAUCAUGUUUCACAUUUCA